AUGCUCGGCGCCCACUGCCCGGGGGGGACCUCCGCGCACCGGAGCAUCUGCAAUUCUGACUCGCAUCCCGGCCUGGGCAACCCGCGCCGGGCCAUGACGGCGCACUCCUUCGCCCUCCCGGUCAUCAUCUUCACCACGUUCUGGGGCCUCAUCGGCAUCGCCGGGCCCUGGUUCGUGCCGAAAGGACCCAACCGCGGAGUGCUCAUCACCAUGCUGGUGGCCACCGCCGUCUGCUGUUACCUCUUCUGGCUCAUCGCCAUCCUGGCUCAGCUGAACCCCCUGUUCGGGCCCCAGCUGAAGAAUGAGACGAUCUGGUAUGUGCACUUCCUGUGGGAGUGACCACUGCCGCCGCCUCGGCCCCAGGUGCCCCAGCUCUCUGGAUGACCUUGGCUCCACUGUCCCCGAUGACCCUUUUGUCACCCCUACAACUGUGUCCCAGUCCCUCCAAGUGCUCCCUCCCCCAAGGCCUGCCUGGUUCUGGAAAGUACCGCCCUCCCCAGCCAGUCUGGGCCUCAGGAAGCCCCGAGCUCAGAGCCAGGCUGGAGCAGAUGUCCAGCCCCCGGGUUCCCACCGUCCGCUCCCGAGUAGGUCCAGGCCAGGGGCUGACAAGGGUGGGGCUGCGCCUUUU